GCUAUGAAUCCUUUACAAUAGCUUUACCUGUAGGCAAUCAUCAAGCACUAAGAGCAAGAAAAGGUGAAGUAAGAAGAACAAGUCUAGAAGUAAAGUAACGAGGUACAUUAUUAUAAUAAAUACAUUAGAUUCUUAAAUAGCAGCAACUGCUAUCGCUAAUGUCCUACUCGCCUAACAACCUUAUUGAAAAGUAAUAAUAAAUAUUUAUUUUUUAGAAAAGCUUGGUCUCUAAUUGACAUUCAAAAUAGAGUUACCUAAUACUUUUAAUAAUAAGUGUUGAGAAAGUAAGUUGUAACAAUUAAAAACUGUAUUGAAUAUCACCUGCCCUACUUUUUGAAUGUAUUGGGUAAUUUGAUCAUUCAUGGAUUGGAUCAAAUAUAGGGGGAAACAGAACAAAUAGUCUUGCUUAAGACUUAAUUCAUUGCCUAGCCAACCAAAAUUACAAUGAGUAGUUCUUUGUUUUAAACCCUCUCUCUAUUAUUGAGAUCUUAACUUGUAUAAUAUGACAAAGGUAAUCUAGAUUUAUAUAUGAAUAUUAGGUACCCCUUACCUUUCCAAAUUCCUAAUAUUUAGAGAUGACUUUUGUGACAUUUUCUUUAACACUCUUUAUUAGUAUUCGAUAUCAUCCAACCAAUAAGUGAGUCAAUAAUUGAGUUUCAAUCAACUUAAUUCUAUGAUCAAGAAGGUACCCGAAGAUGUUUGGGGCACAUUCAUUUUCAAGAUGCUUAGCUAAUAACAAUAGAAAUUGAACAAAGAUCAAUUCUUAGUACAAUUCAAUCAAUACACUGUCAAUAUGAACAAUUUCUUCAAAAAGUCCAAUUUGAUUUUUGAUGUCGUUGAAAACACUGUCAAACAAACUGCCUAGAUGCACAACGAUUCAAUUUUCCAAGAAGUAUUUAAAUCCAUUAAUCAUUAGUAUCUUUUAAUCAUGGGAAGUUUCAAAGCUACUACACAAGACUUUCUUAGAAAGGCCACUAGUGUGUAUUUUGAGGAAAAUAAUGAUGAAAUUGAUUUGAACGAAUUCAAUAUAAGAACUUAAAAAAUUCACAAAUAGAUGAAUUGUUCAAUUCUAUACAUUCUACCUAUGUUAUUACAAAUCGAGAGUCACAUGAUUGAUAUGAUCCAAUAAGAUAGAUAUAAUGAGAACACUUAGGUCAAGAAUAGUUCCAAUUAUUAUCUUAAGAUGAUUGAGAAAUUGAAAAAUAAAUGUGUUUAUAAUGGAGAAGAAGAAUGCAAUUGCAAAAAGUGUCAAUGCAUCAGAAGAAAUAGGAAUUCGGCCAAAGAAUCCUAAAGAAAGAAAAGAGAAGCUCUUGAAAAGAUAGGACCACUCCAGGAUGCCUAUGAAGAAUUACAGAAGAAAGUAUCUAUUCAAUUCUAUAAUAAGGUUAAAGUGAUUGAAAAUGAAAAUGAGACUCUAAGAUAAUUGUUGACUGAGGUGUUUAAGCACCCUACUGUUUCAUAAUUAUCACCAGAGUUCAUUGAACCAUUGACUAAGGUUAUUUAAGAUACAGAUCCUGUACAACAUUCAAGUUCUUAUGAAUGUUGAUUAAAUAACAAUGUCCCCAUUAAGUAACAAAUUUGAAUGUCUAUAUAUAUAUUAAUAUAUGGAUAUUUAAU